GGGGCGGGGCCGGCGGGCGGGGGGCGCGGCGACGCUGCGGCUGGGGCUGCAGGUCUGCACCGGGCGCUCGCUCGGGGCCGCAGCGCCGUCGUGCCCGCGCCCACCUGUCACGCCGGCGCGCCCCCGCCGCUCAGCUCGGGACGCGGGAGGCCUCGGCCAGCGAAGCCCGGGCCCGGUCUCCGAGGGCUCGUGUGCGGCCCGGGGUCGCAGACAUGCUGCUGCUGAAGAAGCAGACGGAGGACAUCAGCAGCGUCUAUGAGAUUCGGGAGAAGCUCGGCUCGGGUGCCUUCUCUGAGGUGGUGCUGGCCCAGGAGCGGGGUUCCUCACACCUGGUUGCCCUCAAGUGCAUCCCCAAGAAGGCGCUUCGGGGCAAGGAGGCCCUGGUGGAGAAUGAGAUCGCAGUGCUGCGCAGAGUAAGCCACCCCAACAUCGUCGCCCUGGAGGAUGUGCACGAGAGCCCUUCACACCUCUACCUGGCUAUGGAGCUGGUGACGGGGGGCGAGCUGUUUGACCGCAUCAUGGAGCGCGGCACGUACACAGAGAAGGAUGCCAGCCACCUGGUGGGCCAGGUCCUGGGCGCCGUGUCCUACCUGCACAGCCUGGGCAUUGUGCACCGUGACCUCAAGCCUGAAAAUCUCCUAUACGCCACACCAUUUGAGGACUCCAAGAUCAUGGUGUCCGACUUCGGCCUUUCCAAAAUCCAGGCGGGAAACAUGCUGGGCACUGCUUGUGGGACCCCAGGCUACGUGGCCCCAGAGCUCCUGGAACAGAAGCCAUAUGGGAAAGCAGUGGACGUGUGGGCGCUGGGCGUCAUCUGCUACAUCCUGCUGUGUGGCUACCCCCCCUUCUACGACGAGAGCGACCCCGAGCUCUUCAGCCAGAUCCUGAGAGCCAACUAUGAGUUUGACUCGCCGUUUUGGGAUGACAUCUCAGAAUCGGCCAAGGAUUUCAUCAGGCACCUUCUGGAACGAGACCCCCAGAAGCGGUUCACCUGCCAACAGGCCUUACAGCAUCUUUGGAUCUCUGGAGAUGCAGCCUUUGACAAGGACAUCCUGUGUUCUGUCAGCGAGCAGAUUCAGAGGAAUUUUGCACGGACCCACUGGAAGAGAGCCUUCAACGCCACCUCCUUUCUGCGCCACAUCCGCAAGCUGGGGCAGAGCCCCGAUGGGGAGGAGGGCCCAGAGCGGAGACUGGCCAGCCACAGCCUCCCUGGCUUCCAGCCCAGCCAGGCCCCCAAGUGGUGAAGCCCAGGCUGAGGCCCAGGCCACGAGGACCACUGGCCCCUCCUGCCCCUGGCCCCUUCACUUCCCUUCCCUUGCCCCUGGCCCCGGGGCUGGCUUCUGCUGGAGAGUUCAAGAAGGUCUUCAAUGCACAGGGUGCUGAGCUGGGAGCGGCCUGCCGCCCAGGUGCCGCCCUGGCCCCAGGGAUGACAGCGCAUGUGUGUGGGGGGCCCCUCCUCCCCUGCUGCCGCCGCCGCCCACCCUCUGGAAGCCCGAGGUGUUGGCAUGUGGGCUCCAGGGCCCCGCUGGCCGCAUGGCUGUGGUUGUUCUGUGCUUCGCUCACUGCGGCUGCUCCACUUGUGCAGUGGCCUCCAGCCCCCCCUUGACUGCCCCAGAUCAAUAAACACAGAGAGCAGUG